AUGGGGGAGCCGGUCGAGUACGAGGUGUGCGGAGAGGGGCUGCCGUUCAGCGUGACGGAGCUGGACAUCGAGCCGCUGAAGCCACGGCCCGGCCGGACGGUGAUGGGCAGCUUCAAGGGGAACUUCUCAGGCGAUGCACCCGUCGAAGCCGCAGAGGUCAAGUUUGUCGUCGAGCUCGGGAGCCUGGAGGUUGGUGAUGGCACCCUAGACCUCUGCGAGCUGCUGGACUGCCCACUGGCACCAGGCGAAAUUGGUGCAUCGGCAGAGGAAAAGAUCCCUUCUAUCGCUCCACCGGGUGACUACAACGUCAGGAUCGAAGCAUUGGACAAGACACCAGGGAACGAGGAUGUGGUGCUGGCCUGCGUCGAGCUGGGGCUCACUGUUCGUCCUCCAGACGUGGUUGGCGGCGCCAAAGAUUUCUUUGGCAGGAUAUUCGGCUAA